UGGUCUUCUCGCGAUAUGUUCUCAGUGGGUGGGAAAGCCAGAAAUAUGGCAGCCGUCGUGCUGAGGUCCUGCCGCAAAGGACUUUCUCACAUUUUGAAGAAUGGAGGAGUCAACACUAUCUUACCAAAGACUUUGGGAGGGGUGAGACAGAAGUCCUAUGUGCAGUAUGUGACAAGGCCAGAGCUCCCCAAGCUGGCCUACCGCAGGGUAAAGGGGAAGAGUCCAGGUGUGGUCUUCCUGCCUGGGUAUGGAUCCAACAUGAACGGCCUGAAAGCUGAGGCCCUGGAGGAGUUCUGCAGGUCACUAGGACAUUCAUACCUAAGGUUUGACUACACUGGCCAUGGCUUAUCAGAGGGGGUGUUCACUGACGGGACUAUUGGCACCUGGAAGAAAGACGUUCUCUUUGUGUUGGAUGAACUAGCAGAGGGUCCACAGAUCAUGGUGGGGUCCAGUAUGGGCGGCUGGCUCAUGCUGUUGGCAGCUAUCGCCAGGCCGGAGAAGACUGCAGCUCUGGUGGGGAUCUCCACGGCAGCAGACCAUGUCGUCACAGCCUUCAAGUCAAUGUCUCUAGAGGUGCGUAAGGAGAUUGAAGAGAAGGGCGUGCUGACGAUGCCCAGCAAGCACAGAGAGGAGGGCGCCUACACGUUCACCAUGGACUUCCUGAAGGAGGCAGAGAACCACUGUGUCCUCCAGAGCCCCAUCCCCAUCACCUGCCCUGUGAGGCUCAUCCACGGCCUGAAGGACGACGACGCACCCUGGCACAUCUCCAUGCAGGUGGCCCAGCGCGUCCUCAGCCCCGACGUGGACGUCAUCCUCCGUCGCCACGGUCAGCACCGUAUGGCCGAGAAGGACGACAUCAAGCUCAUGGUCUACACCAUAGACGACCUCAUAGACAAGCUGACCAUGCUCGUUUGAGUCGGUGGAAGGGUUAGGGAAGGGAAGCGGGGGGUGAGUUGGAAUCCCCCCCCCCCCCAUUGGAGCUGCUCCUACCUUCCAGCCAUAUAAGAUCCCUUUAUCCCAGCUCUCCCACUCUCCCCUUACCCUUCCUCCCAGUCUGCCCCUGGUCAGUUUAUCCCAAUUAUGCCGUUACAAAGAGAAGGAGAGAAACGAGGAUCACCGAAAGUACAAACUGAUGGAACGAGGAGCUUGUCUGUCAUAAACCUCAGCCAGGUCCCUGAUGUGUGCCUUGGGGAGGGAGUGUGACUUUUACUAGUUCCAGUUUACUCUGUUCAGUGUUGUUUUGGUCAAGCCUUCUAUGGGCCAUGCUGCCACUGCUGAUGCUGCUGCUGUUUGUUUGACAGAACCCAAUAGUUUUCCUGUGCCUUUUUACCACGUCUCACCCUGUUGGGCCAAUAAAGGCUCUGCACACCAGAGUGGAGUGCAGGUCUUGUCUGUUACUAUG